AUUUGAGAAAUAUGGGAAGGCAGGCGAAGUCUUCAUUCAUAAGGACAAGGGCUUUGGCUUUAUCCGCUAGGAAACAAGAACCCUGGCAGAGAUCGCCAAAGUGGAACUGGACAACAUGCCGCUCCGUGGAAAGCAGCUGCGUGUACGCUUUGCCUGCCAUAGUGCAUCCCUUACAGUCCGAAACCUUCCUCAGUAUGUGUCCAAUGAACUGCUGGAGGAAGCCUUUUCUGUGUUCGGCCAGGUGGAGAGGGCUGUAGUCAUUGUGGAUGAUCGAGGAAGGCCCUCAGGAAAAGGCAUUGUUGAAUUCUCAGGGAAGCCAGCUGCUCGGAAAGCUCUGGACAGAUGCAGCGAAGGCUCCUUCCUGCUAACCACAUUUCCUCGACCUGUGACUGUGGAGCCCAUGGACCAGUUAGAUGAUGAAGAGGGACUCCCAGAGAAGCUGAUAAUAAAGAACCAGCAAUUUCACAAGGAGCGAGAGCAGCCACCCAGAUUUGCACAGCCUGGGUCCUUUGAGUAUGAGUAUGCCAUGCGCUGGAAGGCACUUAUUUAGAUGGAGAAGCAGCAGCAGGACCAAGUGGACUGAAACAUCAAGGAAGCUCGUGAGAAGCUGGAGAUGGAGAUGGAGAUGGAGGCUGCUCGCCAUGAGCACCAGGUCAUGCUAAUGAGGCAGGAUUGGAUGAGGCGUCAAGAAGAACUUAGGAGGAUGGAAGAGCUGCACAACCAAGAAGUGCAAAAACAAAAGCAGCUGGAGCUCAGGCAGGAGGAGGAGCGCAGACGCCAUAAGGAAGAGAUGCAGCGGCAACAAGAAGAAAUGAUGCGACGACAGUAGGAAGGAUUCAAGGGAACAUUCCCUGAUGCGAGAGAGCAGGAGAUACGGAUGGGUCAGAUGGCUAUGGGAGGUGCUAUGGGCAUAAACAACAGAGGCGCUAUGCCCCCUGCUCCUGUGCCAGCUGGUACCCCAGCUCCUCCAGGACCUGCCACUAUGAUGCCAGAUGGAACCUUGGGAUUGACCCCACCAACAACUGAACGCUUUGGCCAAGCUGCUACAAUGGAAGGAAUUGGGGCAAUUGGUGGAACCCCUCCUGCAUUCAACCGUGCAGCUCCUGGAGCUGAAUUUGCUCCAAACAAACGUCGCCGAUACUAAUAAAAUUGCAAUGUCUAGUUUCCCAAAACCCUUAAAAGAAGGACCCAUUUUGGACUAGCUGAAUUCUACCCUGGAAAAGUGUUAGGGAUUCCUCCGAAUAGUUAGGUCUUCCCUGCCUGUAGUACUCUAGGGAGUAUGCUGGAGGCAGAGGGUAAGGGAGGGGUGAUAUUUAACAAAUCAGUUCUGUGUGGUAUAUCCUUUAACCAAUUCUGUGUGGUGCAUUCCUGAAGUCUCGUGAUUGUUGAGAGCCUGGGAGGGGCGGGGAGCCAUGGCAGAAUGGAUCCAGUUAGCGCCUCCGUUAAUCUUAAUCAUUCCACUUUGUCCACCUUGUUCUAUUUCCUUUCUUGUUCUCAUACUUCCUCCACCCCAGAGACACUGCCACAUAUACCACAAAAACCAAACAUCCCCCAAUGACCUUGGCUCCGUUGCUCCAUUCACUCCCAGGUGGGAAUUCAGGCAGAUGUCCUCAGAGGUCACAGACAACAUGCAUACGGUUCUGUUGUAUCCCAUAUAUUACCCCUUCAUGUCCUAAGGAAGACAUUUUCUCUUAGAGAUUUUCAUUUAGUAUAUCUUU